CAAAGCUUGGUAUAGUAAUCUUGGGAUCUGGUAGUUUAUUUGACGAACACUUACCAGCAACCAGCAAAAAGCAAAAGUAUGGAAGACAUUGUCAGCCUCCUGGUGAAACGACACAUGAACUUGGUUGUUGAAACCAUCUUAUCUUUUCUUGACCACAACAGCUUACAGAGCUGUGAGUUUGUAUCCAAAACUUGGUAUUUGGUUAUUAGGAAUGGAAAAUUAUGGAAGCGGCUCUAUGGACCUGUAUCACAGAGGAAGCCACUUUUGCAGAAUCUUAUGGCACGGAGGGAACUUGAGGCAAAGCACGACACUGAGAAUGAUGAAUUUCUGUACAAGAGAUUAUUCUAUGCCCAACAGACUCUUGUACAGAAUUGGAGCUCAGGAAAGUACAAGACAUCCUUAAAAGCUCUUGGUGAAGUCAGUGUUUCCAUUUUUACGAUGGAUGCUCGUCGAAUUCUCUAUGGCUUGAGAACAUCUCCUUCAGUUCCCUCUUCCAUCAUGGUAUGGAAUUGCUGGACUAUGGAAUCAGAACAUUUUCUGGUGGGCCACCAAGAAUGGAUAACAGAUAUGCAGAUCUGUGGAGACCUAAUAUUCUGCUCUUACUAUGAUGGAACCAUUCUCGUGUGGGAUCAAAAAACCAAAGAAGUUGUCCAGCAGUUCCAAGAUCAAGAAGUAGUGGAUUGGGUGGUGAUCCACGCCUCACACGGUCUUCUCAUAACCUGCACUAGCAUUUUAUCUGGUCUCACGGAUCAAGAUACCUCGGUAACCAUCCGUCGAAUUCACAGCCCUACAGAAAUGGCUAUCGAAAGAGUUUACAUCACAGUUGAGCCUAUGUACAGUGAUACCCAGCCAAUUUCCUUGGAACAACUUGAUGUUGGUAACAGUGAAACCCCUGCUACUGUAUUGGAAAAGGAACCAGAGGAAAACAACGUAGAGUAUGUGCAGGGAGAGAACUCGUCCGUAAACAAUGAUUAUUUUGAAGGAGAUGAAAUGGAUGCAGGGGUUAUAAAUGAUGAACACGAUGAUGAAGCUUAUCAAGAUAGUGAAUUUCCAGCUGCAAGUGGUGGUGCUGAUGAAAGACGUAGUUUGGAUGAUACUUCAUCUGGUAUCGAUGAUUGGAAUGAAAUGAACACCUAUAACGAAUAA